UGUACAAUCACCUGAAUAGGCUCUUUAUUCCAUCUGAAAUGUGUUAAAGAGCAAGGCGGGUAUAUCUUUCUCGUUUUUUUAAGUGGCACUAGCAGGUUUCAUUUCCAAUCUCUUCGGUUAAAAGGAAGAAAUAAUAGAGAUGAACAAAUCGCGAGCUAAGAGAUGGCCUCAAUACUUGGCAGCGUUUACAGCCACUUUAUCUUUGGCAUCCACGGGCGCCCACAUUGGUUGGACAUCACCAACAUUACCAAGAUUGAAAUCUUUGGAAUCUCAUAUACAAAUUACAUCGGACGAUGCUUCUUGGAUAGCUUCCUUCUACUUGUUGGGUUCUAUACCUGGCAACAUUAUAGCCGCUUUCAUAGUAGAUUGGUUAGGUCGAAAAAGUAGCCUUCUGAUAGCUGCUGUACCUCUGACCAUCGGAUGGAUUUUGAUCAUUGUUGCUUGGAACCCCUACGUUCUGUAUGCUUCUCGUUUCAUCAGUGGAAUUGGCCAAGGUAUAGUAUACGUCGUCUGUCCGAUGUAUAUCGGCGAGAUCGCGGAUAAAGAGAUCAGAGGAUCUCUGGGAUCGUUUAUAAAACUGAUGGUAACUUUCGGUGAGCUCUACGCUCAUGCGGUUGGUCCAUUUGUAUCGUACGAGAUAUUAUCUUACGCCUGUAUUCUCAUAUCAAUCGCAUUUUUCGUAUCCUUUGUUUGGAUGCCCGAAUCACCGUAUCACUUAUUAAUGAAGAAUGAACAGAGAAAAGCUAUGAACAGUUUGAAACAACUUAAACCAAAAUCGACGGAGGAAGAGUUGGAAGAGGACAUGGACCAGAUGCAGAAGACAGUGAUACGCGAUCUCAGCGAUAAGGUUCACUUUUGGGACCUUUUCAACACUCGUGGAAACAGACGAGCCGUCCUAGUCAGUUUCGGUCUUCAACUGAUCCUUCAAUUCAGUGGUAUAGCUGCGAUAGAAUCUUAUACUCAAGAAAUUCUUCACGAAGCAAACACUGGUCUUUCUGCUGGGAUAGCUGUCAUCGUUUUGAGUGUACUGCAGUUGGUCGCUGGAUUAGGUGCAGCUGCACUCGUCGAUAAAGUUGGCAGAAGACCUUUGCUUUUAAUCACCACUUUCCUCGCUGGUGUCUCACUCACAGUCACCGGUGGCUUUUAUUUCUUGAAAUUUUACUUAAAUCGUGACAUGAUCGGACACGGAUGGAUCCUUCACGCUUCUAUAAUUUUCUACGAGUUGAUAAUCGCAUUGGGGUUAAAUCCAUUACCCUACAUGAUGUUAGGCGAAUUAUUUCCAACGAAUGUAAAAGGUACAGCGGUUUCUUUGGUGAACCUUUGGGCUUCUCUAUUGGCCUUCAUCGUAUCGAAGCUUUACCAAGUGAUAUCCGAUGGCCUUGGAGUUUACAGCGCUUUCGGAUGGUUCGCUGUAAGCAGUUUUAUUGGAAUAAUCUUCAUAUUGUUCCUCGUGCCGGAAACCAAAGGGAAGUCCUUGUUGGAAAUACAAGAGGAACUCAAUUGCAAUAAGAAGAAAAUGGAUGCUAAGAAAAAGAAACAAGAGGAGAUUUAUAUAAGCACCAUAGCUUAAGUUUGGGAGAAGAUAUGCAAAGACGAUGGCCCGGUUAAGGUUCGACAAACUUUUAUCAUAUAUUUUCUUUAGAUAGAAUUUUUACACAUAACUUUUCAAAAAGUAGAUCGUCACUGCCAAUAUGUUUUAAUUGAUAAGGUAAGUGUUGUAAAAAAGCACUUUCAAGGUCAAACGUGAAAAAAUAAUUUUCCAAUGGGCCAUCGCUUGAACUCAAAUUUGUGAAUCUCUGAUCUACGAUUUUAUAAAUUGCUUUCCUUCUUUAUUACAGAAAAGAAAAUUUGCAAAAGAAAAUAUGUAAUAUCGAUCGUUUCUUUAAUGCGUUAAGUUUCAUUGUUAGUGGAUUAUUAUAUUAGAUUUCUUUUUAGUUAUUAGGUAAGGGCCCUUAUAUUCCAUUCGAAAGAACGAUUUGGAUAAACGUUACGAGAUUACCGAGAUAAUGAUUUCUGAAAGUUUAUACGAGUACUAGUAGUUUCAUUGAGAAUUAAAAUUUGCUCGAUAAAAAAACAGACGUAUAAUAACGUUAAAAACUCGUGUAUGUUUCCAGUCUAAUGAACUUUUGUUUGACAAUUUAAAAUUCAAAAUGGUGGUGUAAACUUUCAAUGAAGAGUGUCUAGGUGAUCUCAACCGUGAAUAAUGUGAAUCCAAUGUAAUCGAAGCUUUCUGAAAGAUUCGUCGAUCAGAGAUAACGAUCGAUCGACGAUUGAUUUCUGAGAAAGUGAGUAAAUACUUAAAAUGCGUUAGCUGGGCCCCCUCAGUAAUAGAGCAAACGCGCAUGACCAUCUCUUCGUCCCUUUUAGGCAGGGUUUAAUAAUGAAAUGAGUGAGACUGAUAGAUUAAUAUUAAUCGUAAAGUAUAUUUAUUUAUCGUCGCACGUUCUCACCGAAGAAAAAUGUAAAUGACUGCUCGAUGAUCGAGAGAUUCUAAUGCAAAGAUCGAGAGAACGUUCGACGAUUAGAAACAUCUUCUUAUCCCUUUGAGGCAGGGUGCAAAAUGAACGACCAACGUUAUAUAACGAUUACGAUUAAGCGUUAUUAAAAAAUAUCGCACGCACGAGAGCGAAUGUCGCAAAAAAUGCGCGUGCCAAUGGCCCUGAUGCAAGAAGGAUUUAGGCGAGCACUAAAGCAUGACUAACUUAUUUUUUCCCUUUUAGGCAGGGUGAAAGAUACAUUAAUGAAAACAAUUUUUAAGCAAUGCUUUGGCGUAGAAUAUAACUGGCCCGAAUAUAUAUUAUAUAUAUAAAAAAGAAACAAGUAUAUGAAAGAUCAAAGUGUCCUAUUGUAUCUACUAUUUCAAUACAACAUGUCUAAGCUUAUAUAGUAGGUGGCACUUUAAAGUUAAUAGUGCCAUGUAUAUGUUCACGCAAUUGCACGACUCUCUACAAGUCCCUUUUAGGCAGGGUGUAAGACUAGCGAAAAUCUAUUUCGUACAGAUUUCUACAAUGUAGAAGUUUGCAAUUUACGUUAACAAUAAACUUUAAUAUUUACCUAAAA